AUGUACGGUGAUGGUCAGCUGGCCAUUCCCAUGCAUGAAAGCGAUGAAAUCUUCAACGAAGUCUUCGACCAAGAGCUAUACGAGGGUCAGCACAGCGACGACUCUUGCGAGCUGACGAACGAAGUGCUUGGGCUGUACGCUACAGAACCAUUGCAGGGAGACUAUCCUCGUCUGCCAUCGCUGAGUGGCUCAACAUCGCAGGAAACGUCUAACGAAUCGCCGCCUCAACCAUGGCGGAAAGGACUUUGGUGCCUCAAUCAAGAAUCGAUCGCAGUACCCAAGCUUCGAAAACCGCUUAACGGUACUGUUCCUGCCCCGCAGGUCGUACAGAACCCAUCGUUUCUGAUUCGCAGCCCGCCAACGCCAUCCUUGAGUCCGACAAUGAAGACAACAAAGCGAUUCGUGACCAGUCCCAACGCAGCCAAACAUCGACACAAAGGACUGGCAAAUUUGCCUCUCUCCAGAGAAAACACGUUGUCGCCGACUCCAAUGUAUUCAAAAUUGCCUUUACAUGCGAAGAUGGAACAGGUGGAAACGUGGCAGCAGGAUUUCAAGAACUUCAAUAUCCAGCCGAAGGGACACUUGCCUUCACAGCCGUCAGUGUCAUAUCAAGACGCUGGGCACUUUGCGCAUGCUCACAAUGCCGUCUUGGCGAACAGUGGCACGGACGAACUUCCAUUGAUCUCCGGUCAAGACUUCAUGUUCCAUGAGAACGACGACGGUGCCGCUAUCGAUCCAGGGUUGAUCAAUAGGAACAGACUCGGUCUGGCUGUUCAGACAAAUUCAGUCCCGAAAGUGUCUCAAGCACCAAUCCCGUACUCGGGCACGCAACAGAAUGGCGGCUUGGUAUGGACGACCGAGAGCCUGCAUUCCUCGAACAGUUCGCACCAGUCCUCUUAUGACACAUUGCCGCCCAGUCUAUCCAGUGGCAUGAGCAGCAGUGGCCUUCAUAAUAGCAUGGGCCAGACCUGGUGGUCACCAGAGAUGGGACCUCCAACGCCAGGAUGGGCGACAACGCCUCGAGAGCCAUUCCCGACCAUAGCUGCGCCUACACCAAAAAGGGCCGUCACGCAGUCCUUCGCAGACAACAUUGCCCAGCACACUGAUGGCUUGGGCAUACAUUACGGCGAGCUGAAUUACUCGUCUGACUACAUGGAGUCGAAUAUGGUCUAUCCCAGCGUCGAAUCGAGCGCACAUCCACUACAUCAUGGACAACUACCUGCAGGAGUACCUCCGGUACCGCCAUUACCUUUUGCCGUGUCCGGACAAUCAUUCCACAAUGCCACACCCUUUGCGACACCCCGCACCGUCAGGCGUUCGCCAACACGAGCACCGUCGCCCUCAAUAUCUCCACUUAGCAUGACACCGCGGUCGCGACGUGCGAAUCGAUCACCGUCCAGGCCAGACCAUCCAAAUCACAAUCACCAUCGGCGAAAGUCGAUUCACAAGCCCGGCCCCAUCAAAACGGCUGGUUACGCACCCGUCGAUAAUGCACUUCCGUCGGCGAGUAGUGGUCGAGCUCGUUCCCGGUCGCAAUCGAAGCCUCCGCGGACUCCGAAAACGCCCAAGACCCCAAGUAGUGCGUUUGCUGUGGAUUUUGUCAAUUUUACUGCGCUAGAUGCACCAAAGCUAAUCUCAGACGUGGCGCCGAGUGGCAGCAGCAAGACCAGGGCAAGGAGGGAAGCUGAAGCAAAGGAGAAGAGCAAGAAGUUGUCAGAAGCGGCACUCAAGGCUGUGAGCGUUGCAGGAGGGGAUGUCGAGGCUGUCAAGCGAGCGAUUCGGCUUAACCAAAAAGGCGCAACGGAUACACAGUAG